ACAUAAACUGAACCCCAUUAAAUUCAUUGUAGUACAUUUGUACCUAUAUAUAUGUUUCCUUGCUGUUCAGAGGUCAACCAUAUCCUAAACUAAUCUCGGGUUGUUACCUGAACCAGAAGUGCUUGGCUUAAAUCUCACAUAAGUACUCGUAGGUUUGGAUGACAAAUCAAGGUACUAGUAGACCAAAGAGACUUCUGACUUUGCAGAUAGAUGCGUGUAUGAACAGACAAAGGAAGCUGAUAAUCCUAUGUAGGAGUAAUCUUUAAGCCAUCAGUGUCGGCUGUUUUCUGCAAAAGACAGAGAAAACUGAUUUCUUAGGAAUGCACAGGACGUAGACUUGAAUUAUUUGCCAGUAGAUUUUUGCUGUUUUUUAUGCUACUUGUCUUUUCUUUUUUCCUUCACUUGAACAGAGUGUUAUGACAGGGAGAGCACUGUUAUAAUGCUCUGUUUACUUUUGACAGUGAAAGAGUUUGAUAACUCCGAGCUAGGUUCGAUCACUGAUCAAUAUGUGUUAACUUCUUUAUUUUGUUGAAAAAUAGAGUUUGUCACCGGUUACCCUUACCCAUGGCAUGAUCCACUCCCAUUCCUUCGACCAUUAUUAAGACAAAUUUUACAGUAGUGCCUACUAGUAUUAGAAUUAAUCGCUGUGUAUCUGCCUGUCUAGAAGUUAGUAAUGAAUUGAAAUCCAACCUCAUCUGUUGUAUCUGCACUUCUCAGUUAUUACUUAUUACGUAUUACCGUCUCUGAAAUGUGUAACUCUCGUCUCUGUUUAAAUCAAGCAGAGACAAAUAUUCCUUUUUAGCAAGGCGAACUGAUUUUUUUUUGUUAUUUCACUUAAUCUGUUGCAACACACUGUAUUUUGCUAGCACUAAGAAAUGUACAGAGUAACUCCACUGACGGAUUAAGCGAUAAAAAAUUCAGUAAUUCUACAUGUAUUCCUGUUUUAUCUAGAACAUUUGACUAGACUGAUUCUAAAACAGCUGAAUAAAGGAAGAAAUUGCCACGAAGAACAAGUUACAAACAACUUGCCACUAGUAUGUUUUGCUACUAAUUAACAACUUUAUUGAUUUCUUCUUGACACCGGAACGUACGGGAGAUUGGGCGACUUACUACCAUCUGAUCAUCUUAUGUUGACCUGUGCUAAUCCCUCCAGUGCAAUCGCCAAAUGGAGGCCAUCCAUUUCACAGAUUAAUUAUAGCUGUUAAUUAAUCUCUGCUACUGACACUAGUGUCAUCCACUCACAUCCGCUGACUUAUUCCCUAAAUCACCGCCUGCUAAAAGGUCUCCUCUCCUCCAUCUCUAUUGCCCACUAAACUAAGCUCCAUCAUGAUGUACUAUAACAUUAGCAGGAAAAUGACAUGAAACAAAAUGUAUAUCCUUGUUGUGCUUCCUAAUGGAUCCAAGAAAAUAAGCCAAACUUACUAACAAAAUAACUUAAUCCCUGGUUUCAUAAUUCUUGAUAUUUUGAAUAAGAUUAAGAUCAAGACAAUAAGAACUUUGACUAUCAACAAAUUUUAAAUUAUUUAAUUUAAAAACACUAAAACACGAUGUAUAGAUUAUUCUCGAAAAGAAAUUUAACAAAAUCAAACAUUUUUACUUAUUUUUUAUGUGUUAUAAUAGAAAAUCAUAGUUAAAGAUAUAUUUUAGAAACCAUGUAGAUAUCCAAAACCUGAAGAACUAUGGAAAUGGAGAGAGUACUCUGAUACAGAGACUACGUCUGAACGCAACAAUUUCACAUGAAACAAAGAGUUAGAUUUACUCCAUCAUCUUAAAAUAUAAAAAGAAAUAGUUUGGUCCCUCUUCCUAGUUCAUUUGGUCUAUAGAGUUACAUGACCUAGAAAAUGAAAAGACACGUCAGUAAGCAAACAGGCUUUGAAAACAAUUAACCUGGAGAAAUAGGAGUUUAGGACAGCUCAUGAAGCUAGUAUCAAACUUAACCAAAGAGUCAAACCCCAGACAUGCUAGUAGUCAGUUAGUUAACCAACCUUCUCCCUCCUCUCUUCCACUUCGUGCAAGCAUGAAGCUUAGCAAGCUCAAGCUGGAUCGGAUCAUCUGAUGUGAAUUCUCUCUCACACCAAUUCACCAUGGAUGGAUGCCCAUGACCAUCCUUAGCUCCAGGAAGAAGAAGAAGAAGUGAACAGUAGCUAUAGCCAUGGGAAGCAGAGGAGGAGCUUUACCUGUUGCUGUACUGGUGCUGUUGCUACUGCUGGUGCUCAAGAACGGCGCCGCCCAGUCGCGGUGCAGCUCCGGCGACCUCGCCGCGCUGCGUGGCUUCUCGGCCGGUCUCGACGGCGGCGUCGACGGGUGGCCGGCGGGGGUCGGCAACGCGUCGUCGUCGUCGACAUCGGACGGUGGCGACUGCUGCGCGUGGCGCGGCGUGGCGUGCGACGAGGCGGGGGAGGUCGUCGGCGUGGUCCUGCCCAACGCGACGCUCCGGGGAGUGGUGGCCGAGUCGCUCGCCGGCCUCGCCGCGCUCCGGGUGUUGAACCUGUCGAGUAACGCGCUCCGUGGCGCGCUCCCGGCGGGGCUCCUCCGGCUGCGGGCGCUCCAGGUGCUCGACGUCAGCGUCAACGCGCUGGAGGGGGCGGUGGCGGCGGCGGCCGUCGUCGACCUCCCGGCGAUGCGCGAGUUCAAUGUCUCGUACAACGCGUUCAACGGCAGCCACCCCGUGCUCGCCGGCGCCGGCAGGCUCACGUCGUACGACGUCUCCGGGAACAGCUUCGCCGGCCACGUCGACGCCGCCGCCCUGUGCGGCGCGUCGCCGGGGUUGCGGACACUACGGCUCUCGAUGAACGGCUUCUCCGGCGAUUUCCCCGUGGGGUUCGGGCAAUGCCGGUCGCUCGUGGAGCUCUCGCUCGACGGCAACGCCAUCGCCGGGGCUCUCCCCGACGACGUGUUCGGCCUGACGUCGCUGCAGGUCCUCAGCCUCCACACCAACUCGCUCUCCGGCCACCUGCCGCCCAGCCUGCGCAACCUCAGCAGCCUCGUCCGCCUCGACGUCUCCUUCAACAACUUCACCGGCGACCUCCCCGAUGUGUUCGACGCGGUCCCCGGUCUCCAGGAGCUCUCGGCGCCGUCCAACCUGCUCACCGGCGUACUCCCCGCCACGCUGUCGCGAUGCUCCCGCCUCCGCAUCCUCAACCUGCGGAACAACUCGCUCGCCGGAGACAUCGGCCUCGACUUCCGCGCCCUCCAGAGCCUCGUGUACCUCGACCUCGGCGUCAACCGCUUCACGGGGCCAAUCCCGGCGAGCCUCCCGGAGUGCAGGGCCAUGACGGCGCUAAACCUCGGCCGGAACAACCUCACCGGCGAGAUACCGGCGACGUUCGCCGCGUUCACGUCGCUGUCCUUCCUCUCCCUCACCGGGAACAGCUUCUCCAACGUCUCGUCGGCGCUGCGGACUCUGCAGGGUUUACCCAACCUGACGAGCCUGGUGCUCACUAAGAACUUCCACGGCGGCGAGGCGAUGCCGACCGACAUCGCCGGGUUCGCCGGCAUCGAGGUGCUCGUCAUCGCCAACGGCGAGCUGCAUGGCGCCAUACCGGCGUGGCUCGCAGGCCUCAGCAAGCUCAAGGUGCUCGACCUGUCGUGGAACCACCUCGCCGGCCCGAUCCCGCCAUGGCUCGGCGAGCUCGACCGCCUCUUCUACCUCGACGUAUCGAACAACUCCCUCCACGGCGAGAUACCUCUCAAGCUGGCGUGGAUGCCGGCGCUCAUGGCCGGCGGCGAUGGCAGCGACGAGGCGCACGUGCAGAACUUCCCCUUCUUCAUACGCCCCAACUCGUCGGCGAGGGGGAGGCAGUACAACCAGGUGAGCCGGUUCCCGCCGUCGCUGGUGCUGGCGCGGAACAACCUCACCGGCGGCGUCCCGGCGGCGCUCGGGGCGUUGACCAGGGUGCACGUCGUUGACCUGAGCUGGAACGCGCUGUCGGGGCCGAUCCCGCCGGAGCUGUCGGGCAUGUCGAGCGUCGAGUCGCUCGACGUGUCGCACAACGCGCUCUCCGGCGCCAUCCCGCCGUCGCUGGCGCGGCUCAGCUUCCUCUCCCACUUCGACGUCGCGUACAACAACCUCUCCGGCGAGGUCCCCGUCGGCGGGCAGUUCUCCACGUUCUCCCGCGCCGACUUCGACGGCAACCCCUUGCUCUGCGGCAUCCACGCGGCGCGGUGCGCGCCGCAGGCCGUGGACGGCGGCGGCGGCGGCGGGCGCAAGGACCGGAGCGCCAAUGCCGGCGUCGUGGCGGCGAUAAUCGUCGGCACGGUGCUGCUGCUCGCGGUGGCCGCGGUCGCGACGUGGCGGGCGUGGUCGAGGUGGCAGGAGGACAACGCCAGGGUGGCGGCCGACGACGAGAGCGGCAGCCUCGAGUCGGCGGCGAGGUCAACGCUGGUGCUCCUCUUCGCCAACGACGACGACAAUGGCAAUGGCGACGACGGCGAGAGGACGAUGACGCUGGACGACGUGCUGAAGGCGACGGGCAACUUCGACGAGACCCGCAUCGUGGGGUGCGGCGGGUUCGGGAUGGUGUACCGCGCGACUCUCGCCGACGGGCGGGAGGUGGCGGUGAAGCGGCUCUCCGGCGACUUCUGGCAGAUGGAGCGCGAGUUCCGCGCCGAGGUGGAGACCCUCUCCCGCGUCCGCCACCGCAACCUCGUCACGCUGCAGGGCUACUGCCGCGUCGGCAAGGACCGCCUCCUCAUCUACCCCUACAUGGAGAACGGCAGCCUCGACCACUGGCUGCACGAGCGCGCCGAUGUCGAGGGCGGCGGCGCGCUGCCAUGGCCGGCGCGGCUGAGCAUCGCGCGCGGCGCGGCGCGCGGGCUGGCGCACCUGCACGCGACGUCGGAGCCGCGCGUCCUCCACCGCGACAUCAAGUCGAGCAACAUCCUCCUCGACGCCCGCCUGGAGCCGCGCCUCGCCGACUUCGGCCUCGCGCGGCUGGUGCGCGCGCACGACGACACGCACGUCACCACCGACCUCGUCGGCACGCUGGGCUACAUCCCGCCGGAGUACGGCCACUCGUCGGUGGCCACCUACCGCGGCGACGUCUACAGCCUCGGCGUCGUGCUGCUCGAGCUGGUGACCGGGCGGCGGCCCGUCGACAUGGCGAGGCCCGCCGGCGGCGGCCGCGACGUGACGUCGUGGGCGCUCCGCAUGCGGCGGGAGGCGCGGGGCGACGAGGUGGUCGACGCCAGCGUCGGCGAGAGGCGGCACCGCGACGAGGCCUGCAGGGUGCUCGACGUCGCGUGCGCCUGCGUCAGCGACAACCCCAAGUCACGGCCGACGGCGCAGCAGCUGGUGGAGUGGCUGGACGCCAUCGCCGCCGCCGCCGCCGACUGACACGAAGCAGCACGGCGUUAGUAUAUGAACAAAAAAAAAAGAAAAAAAAAAGACGAGCUGAUGAUUCCAGUGUUCUGCAUUGCUGAAAGUUUUGCAGUAAACAGAGUAGAUUAUUGUGCAGUCGCAAAGGCACGGUACAGUAAACACAUGGUAAUUACUACUAGUAAUUGACAGUGUAACAGUAUACAUGUAUAGUGAGUGGUGUGUUGUUAGUUUACACUUGUGACUUGUGUGUGUGUGUGAAUAAUAGCAUCUGCAGUUCUGCACUGCAAGCUCAAAGUUGGGCUGUGCAGCGUUCGAGUGAAUCAGAACUGCUAAUUUUUAACCAUGUACUUCUUCUUCAUUUCGAGGAUCUGAUCUGGGAUUACUGCUGAUUUGGCAGUAACAACAUGAAACAAGAAUGCACGUAUCAUGUCACCAUC